AUGUCUAGGGAGAGCAGCGUGAACAGCUCGAUGGUGGAGGAUGAGGACUCGGCGUCUGACAUGGACGCAGAUCUGGACGAGGAGAACGCCAGGAAGCACGGGAGGUCUGACGACGGCGAGGACACUGGCGAUGACAAUGCCGAUGACAAUGCCGAUGACAAUGCCGAUGACAAUGGUGACGCUGAUACAAGUGUAGAUGGGGCAAGCACCAGACGGGGCAAGAAAAAGUACCAGAAGUACCCGGACCUGGACCCAUUGAAGGCGCCACCGGGCAAGAAAGUGCCGUUGCAUCUGCUGGAGAAGCGGAGACUGGGCAGGCUUAAAGCCGCAGAGGAGUUCGCCAGGAAGUUGAAAGUCGUAGGGAUAGAACGUGUGGAAAACUUGAACCUGCCGCAAUCGGGGCUGUUCAGCCCUGUACCACUGAUCAACCAGAAGAAUUACUCCAGCGACUACUUGCGGAAAGACGAAAACGCAUUCGCGGUCAGAGAGAGGAAGCAGAUGAGGAACUCAAACGCAAAUAACUCAGCACAUGCGAAGACGUCGGAACUGGGAUCCGGCGCACAAUCAGCAUCAAUGGCAAGCUCAGCAUCCCUAGAUGCUUUGGUAGACACUGAUACAAAACUACAAAGCGUCGAGGAUAUCGAUUUCAACGACCCGAGACUAACUAUCGUUAUACAUCCUGGAUCAGACUCAAUCAAGAUCGGCCUCGCCACUGAUGAAGAGCCCGUGUCAAUACCAAACUUGGUCGCCGUACCGAGAUCACAGGUUGUCAAUCCAGUUGAUGAAACCCCAGUUAACGUCUUAAAUAUUGAGUUGGACGACCAGUUCCACGAACUAACUAAUCAAUUGAAGUAUAAUUUCAAGGAAAGAAUGAAAUACUACAAACGUAAGAUGCAAUCAAAUGCACAUGAACAAGUUACUUCCUUUAAUUCAAACUCAAAACCUGAAGAAGUGUCAGAUAAGAAUGACCAAGGAAAGAUCGAUUGGAUAUAUAAUGCUGACAAAAAAUACUACGGUGAAGAUGCACAGCGAUGCAUAGGUGACGAAUUUAUUUUGAGAAGGCCUUUUUGUAAGAGCGGUAUAUUCAACCUUGAAUCAAACAAUUACUCGUCGAUACAAGACCUACUUGGUGAUGUAUCAGAACUAGUAGAUAGUGCUCUCUCUUCUGAUAAGUUCAACAUUACCAAAAGCGAGUACAAGCAUUAUAAGGCCGUGAUUGUAAUUCCUGAUCUAUUCAAGAAAAGCCAUCUGGAGACAUUUAUUCGACUUCUGCUAAAUGAAAUGGAUUUCCGUUCUGUUGCGCUAAUGCAGGAAUCUUUAGCUACAUGUUACGGAGCAGGAAUCAGUACGCCCACUUGUGUAGUAAAUAUUGGUGCGGAACAGAUUAGAAUUGCUUGUGUUGAUGAUGGAACUAUAAUACAGGACAGUGCCGUAACACUAGAUUAUGGUGGUAAUGAUGUAACGAACCUAUUAGCAAUCUUGCUACAACAGAGUAAAUUUCCUUACAAAAACUGGAAUUUAAGCACAUUAUAUGGUUGGAAAACAGCAGAGGAUUUCAAAAAAAAAUUUGUUACCUUUCAAGAUGCUGAUAUUGCAGUACAAUUAUUCAAUUUUAUAAAACGAGUACCAGGGAUACCAUCAGAAAAAUAUGAUUUUAAAGUGUUUGAUGAAGUCAUUCUAGCUCCCUUGGGACUAUUCUACCCAGAAAUCUUUAAAUAUAUCCAAGAGAGGCAAAGGCCCACUGCCAAGGAAUACGAGACAACAUUAUUGAAACAAAUAGAACCAUCGAGAGACAUUUACACAAAUUCCCUGAAUGACUGGCGAUCAAUAACCCAGCGAGAUUGCGAAGAAAACAUGAUAUAUUGCGAUGCUAAGGAUGACUUAGAAAUCAUACAGCAUGCACUCGAUCUUAAUACUCAUAUUGAAGAUCUUCAAUCAAAACAUAUAGAAGAAAAUACUGACAAAAAAUGCUUUGUACCUUUGGAUAAGGCGAUUGUACAAAGCAUCACCAACGCUGCCAUCAAUGUUGACAUAUCCAAAAUAUCCCAAUUCUAUUCAAAUAUAAUUAUUGUCGGAGGAGGAGCUAAUAUCCCCGCUCUUGAUUUUAUUCUUUCUGAUCGUAUUAAUAUUUGGAGACCUGCUGUAUUAGGUAUUAGUUCUUUUCCCAAUUUUUAUAAGUCCCUGACUAAACAACUGAAAGAUAUACAAACCUCAAAUAAAAGUAAUACAGGAGAUAAAAGCCAAGAACAAGAGGUUGCAGAGAGGUCAAUAGCAUUAGUUAAAGUUGAAUUGGAUAAACUAGUUGCUUCAUUAGAAAUACCAAACAGUGGUGAUCACUUUUUUACUGUUGGAGUCCUGCCCGCACCGCGUAACCUAGAUCCUUCGCUAUUAGAUUGGAAAGGUGCAAGUGUUUUGGCUCAAAUAAAACUGAUAGAAGAGUUAUAUAUAUCUAGAAAUGAUUGGGACGUUCAUGGAAAUAGAGUCCUGCAAUAUAAGUGUAUAUUCGCCUACUAA